ACUAUGGUUACACGUGCGUUUCGUUGCACCUGUUUAAUUCUACUUGCAUAACAAUUAGCUCAGAUAAAUAAGCAUGGACAAAGGUGUGCCACCGGAUCUUCAAAAAUGGCUGAGAAAAUGUUUGAAGAAGGAGUUCGGGAAAACUAUACAAAGCGCAGUGGACAAGGAACAGGUGCCCAGCGAUAUCGCUUACAAACUCACGCAUUCGAAGGACAUGACUGCUUUGCUGAGUUCUAUGAAGAAGGUAAUCACCGAGCAGUACGCGGUGGUGAAACCCUCAUCCGCGGCGUCGCAGUCGCAGUCAUCGCUUUCCUUCGCGAGCGAUCUCGCGGCGGACGAUUGGGCCUCACCGCAGGGAAACGGAGAGGAGUACAGCUGCAUCAUCGACAAGAUCAGUCGCGAUAAGCCGGUCCACGUGAGAUUGGCUGGUUACGAAAUUUUAUUAAAAAUCGAAUUGUCCAACAUAAAUAACAGCUCUCAGUGGGACAUUCUCCAGAAGACGCUGCUGGAUGGUCUCACGGAUGACAGCAGGGCGAUAUUCGAGGCCAGCAUGCAGGUACACGCAAAGCUGCUGAAUUGCUCGCAAUUAAAUUACACCUACGGCAACUUAUUGAGCGCGUUCAACGCGCAAUAUCACUCGCAGAAGGUGCGCGAGACUCUGCCCACGCUAAUCUCUGGAAUUAAUUUCAAGUUUUUCUUGCACGAGAAACUGUUUUGCAUAAUGCACCUGAUAAUUCGCUAUCAGGAGGAAAUGUUAAAAAACACCAGACAUAGCGACAAGACAGUAGAAGAAGUUAUAGAACAAUUUAUAGUAUUUCUCAGUACGCACAGCUUUGGCAACUCGUUGCAGCCUAAAACCCUCAACAUGUUGAACAUCAUCUCGGUGUUGGAGCCGCAGGCCAAGUGGAGCAAGAGGUGGCUUCACAGUCUCUCUACGAGGAGGACUUUCAUCGCUGUCCUGGCCAAGUCUCCGACGUUUCUGCAGAACGUCGUCGAAUGCGUUAAGAAUGGUUUGACAGAAACGCCCUGUUCCUUGUCAAUCUCCGUCAUGGAUGAAAGCAACGAGCUGUGUAUUUCUGGCAUUACGAUAGAAACCGCGACCUAUCUGCAUUCUUUGACCCUCGUCUCGCAGCUCUGCAGCUACGAAGCGGGCAGAAAAUUGCUCGCAGAGAGUUUGUUAGAAGCGCCAUUUGACGUGGCUGAGUUUUUAAUAGAACUGCUGAGCUCCCUGAAUAAAUUAGCAGCAGAAGCACCCAGUGGAAUAUACAAUACUUCUUGCGAUGCUCUUCAAAAUAUACUUAAUAUCUCAGAUAUACUGUACAAUGUUGAAUUUUACCAUGCUGCGUUGUGCCGCCUGACGUCUCUUUCUGAAAAUAAUAUAAAGAUUUGGCCGCAUAUAUUAAAUAUUAUUUCUCAUAUGGCGAACACGGUAGACGGUUCGGCAUUUUUGACCACGAAUUGUAAAGAACAUUCGAUAAAUUCCGAAAAUGCACCGUCGAAGUGCCCAGUUGCAGUCAUAAUGCAAUAUGCGUCGAAUUUAUUGAAACAACCGUUUUCUAUAAUGGAUAUGAAAUGUAUUCUAGAUUCAUUUAAUCUAGUAGAAAAAUUAUUCGACAUUUAUGACGUUUACGAGGCCGCGCAGGAGCAAAUUGAAACGCGGUUCUAUCCGGCCGUUGCUAAUUUUUACAAAAGAUUAAACAAGUGCAGCGUCGAGAAUGAGAAUAAAAUUCAGCAACUCGACAGUGUUGUUAAAAAAGUUUUACUAAAAAUGGUAUCAAUACCGCUCGGGUUGCAAGCGCUCGUUAAUCAGAAAAUAGUGUUCGAGGAACUGAUCCGUGGGUCACUCGCUCCUCUAAGAGUGAUCUGGAAUUUUACCGAUAUAGUUAGUUUUAUCUCAUCGGCUGGUUACUUCGACUUGGGCUACAAUGUACUCGCAGAUCUCGGGCCCCACGUCCUGUCGACUUUGCUGUCGCAAACUUGCACAAACGCAGAGGAUCCCAAUUUCUUUUACGAUCCUUGGGACAGAGAAAACAUCGACGAAUUUCUGCAUAUACUUGCAUUGUUUUCCCUCAAUUUUAAUUGUUUCGCCGCGUUUAUGGUGACUGACAGCGAACUGGAUAAUGACGAGGAAAAGGAUUAUCCCUCGAACUUAUCUGAAUUAUUACAGGCUGCAACAGAUAAGGAUUCAACUUUCCAUCAUUUAGCUCUUUUGUCAUUGAAUACAGUAAUUUGGAACUUAGACGCUGGUGCUUAUUUAUUAAACUCAUUGAAGUUCCAGGAAGCGCUGUUAGAUAUUCAAAGGGACAGCACAAUUGUGAUUGAAGUUCGCAAGGAACAAACCGAUGAGAUUGACGAAACUGACUAUGAGGAGACAGAGGACAACAAUGACGAUGAUGGUAGUGAUGAGCCAAAGCCGAGGAAGGAGUACAUAAUUGACGAUUCCAGUUUCCUGAGACAUAACAUUUUAUUAAAAUUAUAUUACAUGACGUAUCAAAGAAAGCAAUAUGUGAUACCAUUUGAGGAAUAUGAACUCUUUUCGGAAUUUCCACCUCCGAGAGUAUACACGGAUAUGAUGGACUUCCGGGAAAUCGAAUGCGAUUCGGAGCUAAACGAUCUACUGCAGGAGGAGAGGCUCGGGUUGCUGGACAUCAGUUGGGUUUUGCAAGUUAGAGCGGCUCAUAAAGCAUCGCGAUCUCCGAUUAAGAAUUCGAUGAUGAUAAGUUUGUUGAGUCAAAUGCACAAAGCCAUUCCAACCGCAGAGUGGGUGGAGCAAUUUGAAUGGCAGGAGAAUAUAACGUACGACACGGACUAUUGGCUUCCAGAAGACACGCAUGCAAUUGACAUAGUUUUAAAUUAUGCUGAACAACGAGAGAUUUUAAAGAACAAUGACGUCAGCCAAAAGAGUUUAAAACAAUUCAUUCAUUCUGCCUACAUAUAUAUACAGUACAAUAAACCGAAUAGGUUCGAAGGUUUUGAUUGGUUCUUGGCAACAGUGUUCAUUAUCUGUGAUGGAGAUUUGGCCAAGUGCAAAACUUUUAUCAUGCAAUUAAUUCAAUUUCCAUCGACACUGCUGCUCUGGCCGAAAUUGGGCAAAGUUAUCGAUGAAAAAAAUAAUGAAGGCACUAGUUCGCAGUUCACUUUUAUGCAAGUUUUAGAAACCAUGGUUAAUAUCGAGCUUCCAAACAUCAAAUAUGGAUUGAAGGACGUCUUCGGUGUCGAUUGGUGGAUGAUAUUCAAUAGGAUGUUAUCACAAUGCUUCUGGGGAAUCCUUCCGUGGAGCGAAAUAGUUCAUUUUUUUGCAAUUUGCAUUUUGUACCCUUCCGAUUAUAUGGUAUAUUAUUCCGUAUCGCUUUUGCAAUUCUGCCAGGAAGAGUUGCUGCAGGACUUAACAAGCAGAAAAAUGUGGCCGGAAAAUAUGAUACUGGACGAAUAUCGCUGUCAUAAUUACAUUACGUACAUGGAUAAUUUAGGUCAACGAUAUAGAAAUCGGGUUUUACCGGCAAUGACUAAAAAUUUAAAUUCAGAAGACGAAAUAUAGACAUGCAUAUCUAAUCAUCUAGGUACUCAAAAAGUAAGAAAAGGAAAAUGCAUAUUAUCGAGUGUUUAAAAAAAUUCGCAUUUACGCGAAAGAAAAUACCUUAUAGAUCUUUAACACUAAACUAAUUGUACAUCAAUAAAACGACGUAUGUAUAUAACGAGUAA